CAUUAGUCUACAAUCCCACAUCGGAGGCUGCCGACAUGUUGAGCGUCGGUGUCUGCCAAUAAGUCGCGACACUUUCAUCCUUAGGCCAAGCAUUAUCCUCUGUUUCCCCCCUUUUUUUAUAAUCCUUUAGAAAUUCAAAACACAAAUCAGUUGCAGCUUGCAAGUGGCACCAAGCUUCUCACCUACUAGUUGUUUCUUGCCUGUCGUAGCUGCUCUUUGCGGUGGCCUGUCAAUUAUCAAUGUCGCCCACAAUCUCCGAAAUCAAAUCACUCAACGUAGCGAUCAUCGGCGCCGGCGCCGCUGGUUUAGUUUCUGCCAGGGAGCUUCGCCGAGAAGGGCACCAGGUCGUGAUGUUCGAGCGGCAAGCCCAAUUGGGUGGCACAUGGGUAUACAACCCCGGCGUGGAGGCAGACCCACUUGGGUCAGACCCAUCUCGAGCCAUAGUUCACUCCAGCCUCUACGCCUCCCUCCGCACCAAUCUCCCCAGAGAAGCCAUGGGGUUUCGAGCCUACCCUUUCGUAUCCACUGGUCAACCCCAUUGGGACUCCAGAAGGUUCCCAGGUCAUCAAGAGGUCUUGCUUUAUCUCAAUGAUUAUGCCACUGAGUUUGGACUCACCGAGUUAGUCCGCUUCGAGACAGAAGUGGUUUAUGCUGGCUUGGUUGAGGACGGGAAGUGGAAGGUGAGGUCUAGACAGGAAAAUGGCGUGGCAGUUGAUGUGGAUGAGAUUUUUGAUGCUUUGGUUGUUUGCAAUGGCCAUUACACCGAGCCCCGUACCGCAGAAAUUCCAGGAAUUGAUGCAUGGCCAGGGAAGCAAAUGCAUUGCCACAAUUAUCGUAUUCCUGAGCCCUAUCGAGAUCUUGUUGUAAUUUUAAUAGGGAGUGGUCCAAGUGCUCUGGAUAUCUCUAUAGACAUUGCUCAGGUUGCUAAAGAAGUUCAUGUUGCAUCUAGAUCAGAUGAGGCUGAAGUCUUGAGAAAGCAGUUUGGCUAUCAUCAUAUUCAGCUGCAUCCUAUGAUAGAAAGCAUCCAGAAAGAUGGUACCGUGAUAUUUUAUGAUGGGAGUAUGGUUCUUGCUGGUGUGAUUCUGCACUGCACGGGAUACAAUUAUCAUCUACCUUUUCUUGACACUCAUGGCAUUGUGACUGUGGACGACAAUUGUGUGGGACCAUUAUACAAACACAUUUUCCCACCAGUUCUGGCACCGAGGCUUUCCUUUGUUGGGUUACCAUGGAUGGUUCUCCCUUUUCCCGUGUUUGAAUUCCAAAGCAAAUGGAUAGCAGGUGUUCUCUCCGAUCGGAUUAGACUCCCAUCGCAGGAGGAGAUGAUGGAAAAUGUUUCAGCCUUUUAUUUGUCACUAGAAGCUUCUGGCAUGCCUAAGCGCCACACUCAUAAAAUGGGUGCCCAUCUGUUCGAGUACAAUGGCUGGCUUGCUGCUGAGUGUGGGGUUCCAGUGACUGAAGAGUGGAGAAAGAAAAUGCUUUAUGCAACCUUACAGAACUAUUUAGCCCACCCAGGGACAUACCGUGAUGCGUGGGAAGAUGAUGACUUGGUGUUGGAAGCCCUUAUGGAGAUGGCCACAGUUGCAACUCUUGAUUAACAAGUCCAAUCCAAUCACCCAAAAAUAAACAAAUCAAAAGGAGUGUGUAUAUAUAUACAUAGAGAGAGACCAAGGCUUAUUUUCCUACUCAUCUUGGUUAAAUCCAUUGCUGUAUCGGAAGAUAAUACUUUAAACAAAAUCCUAAUACAUUUUUAUAAAUAUAUUUAA